GGUUGCCGUAGAAGCCUACCGCUGACGUCAUCAUUGUUUUUUCCGGUUCCUUUCGAAGCAAACAUUUAGCUAGCUAGCUAGCUUGUUGCUGUUACAAUAUAACGAUUUACUUAGGUUUAGGUUUUUAAGUUUAGGCGUCUUCACACAACACAAGUUGUAACAAUAAUAAUAAUAUAAUAAUACGCAAAUGGUUGGACCCGCAUGUCAUAGCAGUGGCUAACUAGCUUGUUUAACAGACGCCAUCACCACUACCAUCUCGACUUAUUGCCGUUACUCUGUUGACAGCGGGCUUAAAAAUGAAUUGUCGAUCCGAGCUUCUCGAAGUGACGGUGGAGGCCAGGCAGGUUGAGGAAGCAAUGCUAUCUUUGCUGCACACCAUUUUAUUGCACCGCAGCACUGGGAAAUUCCACUACAAAAAGGAAGGCACCUACUCCAUUGGCACCGUGGGCACCCUAGACGUCGACUGCGACUUUAUCGACUUCACUUUUGUCAGAGUGUCCUCGGAAGAACUCGACAGGGUCAUCAGAAAGGCUGUGUCUGAAUUCAAGGACGCUUUGAGCAACUCCGGCAGCGAUGGAAUCGGUCAAAUUUCUCUGGAAUUCUACCAGAAAAAAAAGUCCCGCUGGCCUUUUUCCGACGAGUGUAUUCCCUGGGAAGUGUGGAGCAUCAAAGUCAACGUGGUGAACCUGGCCAACGAGCAGGAAAGACAGAUAUGCCGUGAGAAAGUAGGCGAGAAACUGGGAGAAAAGGUGAUCAACGUCGUCGAAGUCAUCAAUCGCCACGAGUACCUGCCAAAGAUGCCCACGCAGUCCGAAGUGGACAACGUGUUCGAUACCAGUCUGAGAGAUGUGCAGCCAUACCUGUAUAAAAUUACGUACCAGAUCACGGACUGUCUGGGCACGUCUGUGAGCACCACCAUGAGAAGGCUGAUCAAGGACACCCUGGCGCUGUGAUGCUUUCGUGUCACCGAUAUUAUGACCAAUCGUGUCAGCAGGAUUGAUUGAUUGAUUGAUGAGCAGGUGCUGUCGCUUGUUUGAAAACAUUUGGCCUUAUUAUGAUAAAACUGCAAAAUAGCCAUUCCCUUAUGGCACAGUGCAACAAUUGAAGACUUUUUCCCCCCCAUCGGUCACAAUGGUAUCAGUUAACUUUGCAUAUUAUUUAUUAUUAGUCAUAACAGUAAAUACCACCUUUCUCACAAGAUGUAUGUUUUUAGCACAUAGCUCAACUAGCUGACAUGGUAAUUGCUAUUUAUUUAAGUGUUUUCUUCUGUACGUCUGUGCUUAAUAUUAUAUACAAUUACCCGAUUUCCUGUAAAACAUACAUUUAAAUAAUGGGCGGUAUGAUCUUAUACAGUGGGGCAGUGGUCUUAUUGCUGUUUUCCCAUUAAAUGGAAGUAAUCAUGUCCUUUGUUGACUCUGUUAUUUUUUGUAAAAAAAAAAAAAAAUCAAUAAAUAUACAUAUAUAUUACAUUUAUCAGUGGCGGCCCGCCACGAAUAAAGUUGGACCGCCACCGAUUAUUUAUAUAUAUAUUGCAGAUUAAAAUAUGAAUUACAUGUAUAAGUGUUUUCUUAUGUACGUAUGUGCUUAAUAUUAUAUACAAUUACCCGAUUUCCUGAAAAAUAUACAUUUAAAUAAUGGGCAGUAUGAUUUUAUACAGUGGGACAGUGGUCUUAUUGCUGUUUUUCCAUUAAACGGAAGUAAUUAUGUC